AUGCCAGAAUCCAAACAUUCACAUAUUUCUUUAGAUCACGAGGCCAUGCAACAACCGCCCAAGGGCUUCUAUGAACGGUCGAAAUCGAAGCCAAAUUUAGCUGACUUUGCCACUUAUCAAAAAUUAUACCGUCAAUCAAUUGAAAACCCCAAUGAAUUCUUUGGCGAACAAGCUAAACAAAACUUGGAUUGGUAUAAGCCGUUUGACUUGGCUAGAUUCCCUGCUUCUAGUGAAGACGAUUUCAAAAAUGGUGAUUUGCCCGCUUGGUUUGUCAAUGGUGAAUUGAAUGCUUGUUAUAAUGCCGUUGACAGAUGGGCUAUCAAGAACCCCAACAAACCUGCCAUUAUUUAUGAAGCUGAUGAGGUCAAUGAAGGUAGGAUUAUUACAUAUGGAGAGUUGUUGAAAGAAGUUAGUAAAUUGGCUCAAGCUUUGGUUAAGUUGGGAGUUAAAAAGGGCGAUUCAGUAGCUGUUUAUUUGCCAAUGAUUCCUGAAGCCAUUGUCACUUUGUUGGCAAUUGUCCGUAUUGGUGCUGUCCACUCGGUGGUGUUUGCUGGAUUCUCCAGUGCUUCUUUGAGAGAUAGAAUUUUAGAUGCUGACUCGAGAAUUGUUAUUACUGCCGAUGAAUCCAAGAGAGGUGGAAAGACUAUCGAAACAAAGAGAAUUGUUGAUGACGCAUUGAAGGAAUGUCCUGAUGUCAGAAAUGUUAUAGUUUUCAAGAGAACUGGCAACUCUCAUGUUCCAUUCACCAAAGGUAGAGAUUUAUGGUGGCAUGAAGAGUUGGCUAAAUAUGGAUCCUACUUCCCACCAACGCCAGUCAAUUCGGAAGACCCCUUGUUUUUGUUGUAUACUUCAGGUUCCACCGGAAAACCAAAAGGUGUCCAACAUACCACUGCUGGUUACUUAUUGGGAGCAUUGCUCACGACCAAGUAUGUGUUUGAUGUGCAUGAGGAUGAUAUCUUGUUUACUGCUGGUGAUAUCGGUUGGAUUACUGGCCACACCUACGUUGUUUAUGGUCCAUUGUUGAAUGGUGCUACAUCAGUCGUUUUCGAAGGUACCCCUGCAUACCCUAAUUUCUCAAGAUACUGGGAAAUUGUUGACAAGUACAAGGUUAAUCAAUUCUAUGUUGCACCAACAGCUUUAAGAUUGUUGAAACGUGCUGGUACCAAGUUUGUUCAACCAUAUGAUUUAAGUUCUUUGAGAGUGUUGGGAUCAGUUGGUGAACCAAUUGCUGCUGAAGUAUGGCACUGGUAUAACGAUAACAUUGGUAGAGGCAAGGCACACAUUGUUGAUACCUAUUGGCAAACCGAAUCUGGGUCUCACUUGUUGACUCCUUUGGCUGGUGUCACUCCUACUAAACCCGGAUCAGCCUCCUUGCCUUUCUUUGGCGUUGAUCCUAAGAUCUUGGACCCAACAACUGGUGAAGAAUUGAAUGGUAACGAUGUUGAAGGUGUGUUGGCUAUCAAAUCUGCCUGGCCAUCAAUCACAAGAGGUAUUUUCAAUGACUACAAUAGAUUUAUCGAUACUUAUUUAGCACCAUACCCUAACCACUAUUUCACCGGAGAUGGAGCUGCUCGUGACUUGGACGGAUUCUACUGGAUCUUGGGUAGAGUUGAUGAUGUUGUCAAUGUUAGUGGCCACAGAUUAUCUACUGCUGAAAUUGAAGCCGCUUUAAUUGAAGACGAAUUGGUUGCCGAAAGUGCUGUUGUUGGAUACGCCGAUGACUUGACUGGUCAAGCCGUGGCUGCGUAUGUCUCACUUAAAAAGGAUAAAUUGGGCGACAAUGAAGAUUAUGACGCUAUCAAGAAGGAGUUGAUUUUGACUGUUCGUAAAGAAAUUGGACCAUUUGCUGCACCAAAAUUGAUUUUAUUGGUUGACGAUUUGCCAAAGACUAGAUCAGGUAAGAUUAUGAGACGUAUUUUACGAAAAGUUUUGGCGGGUGAAGCUGAUCAACUUGGUGAUACUUCAACAUUGUCCAACCCACAAGUUGUUCAACAAAUCAUUGAUGUUGUUAAUGAAGCAAUUAAAAAGUGA